AACGCCAGCCGAGACAGUCGCAGCUGAGCGUGUCUUAAGCACAGCUAAAACAAGCUACUAACUUUUGCUAACUGUCUGCGAAGCCAAAAAAAAAAAACGAAGCUAAUUGCUUUCUUAUUAUUCAUUGGUUCUGUUCGUGUUCCUCAGCUGCAAACAAAAAAAAACCAAAAACAAAAACUUUUCGUUUGUGAUUUUUGUUUUUGUUUUGGUUUGGCCUCGUGAAAGUUUCCGCACUGCUUAACAACAGCAACAACAACAGCUGGAAAAAAUGGCCAGCACGAACGUGAAAAUCGUCGAAUCGAAACUCGAUCUGUUCCAGGCCCCACAGCACUAUGCACUGGCGCACGCCGUUGAGUCAUCUUUCGCUGCACUCCGCGGCACCCUCGCCUGGCAAUUCGCCCUCAUCUUUGGCGAUGUCGACGAUCUGCGUCGGCGGCGCGUCACCAGCGGCAAUUGCGUCGUCUUGGAGCACAAUUCCAGAUUCGUUUACCAUCUGGUCACCAAGUCGAAUCUCUAUGCGAUCAGCACAUACGAUGAUGUCCAAGCCGCAUUGAUUUGCAUGAGGGAGCAUAUGCGGAACCAUGAAAUCACCAAAGUGGCCAUGCCACGGAUCUGCUGCGGCAACGAUGGCCUCGACUGGAAGCGAGUGAAGCGCAUUGUGCAGCAGAUAUUCGCGCACAGCGAGUAUCCCAUUGAGAUACUCGUCUGUGAGCAUGAGGACGUCUCUAGAGAGCUGGCUGCGCCCAAGUGUCAGAUUACCGAGGCCAAGGGCAAUCUGUUUAGCGCACCGGAAAACUUUGCACUGGUCCAUUCCGUGAGCGCCGAUUUUGCCAUGUGCGCGGGCCUCAAUUUGCAGUUUCGCUGCAAGUUCGGGCACGUGGACGAUCUGAAGCGGCAGCAGCGGCACACGGGCAACGUGGCCGUGCUGGAGCAAGGCGGUCGCUACAUAUACAAUCUGGUGACCAAGGAGCGUGCCCACGAGAAGUGCACCUACACGGCGCUCUACUACGCCCUGCUGGCCAUGCGCGAGCACAUGCGUGAGCACAGUGUGAGCAAGUUGGCCAUACCACGUCUGGGCUGCGGCAUCGAUCGUCUGGACUGGCUGCGCGUGCGCAGUCUGCUGGAGCUGGUGUUCGUCAGCGACAACGUGGACAUAAUUGCCUUCUUCUACGAGCCGCCCAGCAUGGACAGGGAUACCAUAAAAGUCAUGUGCCCCACCUGUCAUCACAUGAAGCUCAUGCAGCUGCCGCGCAGCGUUAGCCGACAGUCGCUGCACAGAGAGAAGACGCCUUUCUAAGUUGAUGAGGCACCUUUUUGUAUAUAUAAAUAGUUGUUAAUUAAUAACAUUCGAAAUGGGUUUG